AUGAUUGGUGCCUUUGGUUCUUCACGCGCAUACAGCACAAGAUCAGUAGAGUGUGCUAUUGGCAAGUACUUUCGCACCAUCAAAAGCAAUUUGGCAAUUGGCAUGAAUGCUGGAAACGUAAUGGUCCAGCUGGCUUGUACACAGCAAUUGUUGAUGGAUUCUGAAGGAGAUAUGUCUGCUGGUUGGCCAAUUACUAGCAAGGGCGAGCAUGCUGGUGCAGAUUCCGAUAUCAAGUUCUGGGGGCAUUUAGAAUAUAAAACAAUUAAUGACAGUUUCAAAGACAUUUCUUAUCUUCCAAUUCUUAUUUGA